GUGUGGGUACACUAUUCUACAAGCUUCGGAUAUAAUCGAAGCUGUAGUUAUGAUUGCUUAUUAUUCGACACAAACAUCGUAAAACAUGGCGCUAUAGGAAUAUUUCAAUCCGCUCAACGAAUGACAGCUGUGUAUAUUUUAUGUGGAUUGGUAAUUGCUUUUCUCUUCUAUAUGAGUUACGAUGUAUUCGUUGAAGAAACGAUGAAGACAGCAGAGGAUCAGAGUUAUUCACAAAGAGGCGCAUUUAAUGAGAAUAAGAUGUCGAUGUUUAGCACAGGCUUUCGGAAGUCAACGGUGAAGUCAGUGAUGACGAAAAAAUUGCCAAUUUCUGCUUAUGAUGGAGAAAAGACAAACGAAACAAACGAAGGUGACAUUUUUGAUGAAUGCCCAUUCCAUCUUCCUGAUCCAUGGCACAAAUCUGUCUUGAAGUACGUUGACGUCAAACAUGGAUACAAAGCAGCAUGUGCGAUAAACGAAACUUCAAAGCCGGUGACCCAACUUGUUAAUGGAACUAUAAAACUGCUUCCAGGGAAGGAAAACUUCACUUGCACGGCAAGAUGUCUUACGUAUGGCAAUGACAAAAGUUACAUUGCUGGAAAUUGGUCUGACAUUGAAGGACAAGUCUUUGAUUGCGACUUUGUAGAGACGAAAUGCGAGCUCGGAGAUUCCCUAAAUCGUUUCUUGCAUAUGCAGAUCGCUGAGCAGAAGCUCCCUCUAAAAUCAUCGAAGAUGGAGCGUUCCAUACAUCCAGAUGUGCACAUUAUCGUUAUAGAUUCCGUGGCGUCAACUCAAAUAAUUAGGGCUUUGCCGAAAACCGUCAACUUCCUCCUGCAUGGUAUGGACGCCGUAGAAUUUCCAAAGUUGAACAAAGUUGGUUCAAAUAGCAGGCCAAAUAUGUUUCCUCUUUUGUUGGGAAAAACUACCGAAGCAGUUGAAAGAACGGUUAUGAAUAUAGAAAAAAUAGAGGCAGAUCUAGACGGAACGACAUUCUGCAAGAAGUACCUGGACAAUUUUCCUUACAUACCCUUCGAAUACUAUGAAGCUGGUUACAAGGUUUUGGACGCUCAAGACUACUACGCUAGCAUUUUGAUUUGGCCAAACUGUCGAGGCAUGAAGAAGAAAACAGCCCAUCAUUACUACAGGCCUUUUCAUAUUCGAACUCGUCAGGACAAGGAGCUUCUUCGAAACCACGGAAGUGGAAGAUGUCGGGAAUCAUACAACAACAUGCUAGACUACCACUCUAUCUUUCUCCGUUCUUACGAUAAUUUGCCAAAGUUUUCAUAUGUAUCAUUGGUCGAAUUAACUCAUGGCAACUCGGCAAAAUUGUACGAGACUGAUUACGACUUGUAUGAGUAUUUUCUGCGUAAUAGAGAUGCACUCAAAAGUUCGUUCUUGUUUUUUCUGUCAGACCACGGGCCAAGAUUUGGAGGGGAAACUAAAGCUUCUGUCAAUCGUAAUGAACAGAAGAAUCCUUUCUUGUAUAUUGUACUACCUGAACGUUUACGUGGCUCGCCGAUGCAUGAGCAGUUGAAAACAAAUAGCAAGGAGCUUCUCACUCAUCACGAUAUUCAUUCCACGUUGCAGGAUAUUCUCUACUUUCAACCAGCAACAAACUUCACAGAGAUGGACUACAAGGAUUUCAAUAAUAGUAAACGUGGAUCGUCUUUACUGCGACGAUUUGAGGCAGGAAUCAAACGGAAUUGCAAAACGCUUCCCAUACCAUUUCAGUACUGCAUCUGUCAAUAUGCAACAUCUGCAGUGACUGAUGAAAAGUUGAAACAAAAACUAGCUACAUUUGCUGUUGAACAACUAGAUCUACUUCUACAAUCUGAAGGAGUUUCGUCUUCGUGUGAGGAUGUGAAACUGAAAAAGAUCUUGUCUAUCAAUCAAUAUACCUCGACAUCAAUGUUCGAAAACCAAAUUUUUGAUGUCACUUUCGAAGUUGCACCUCCUGCUCGUGGAAAAUUCCAGAUUCCGGUCAGAUUGAAGCAGGGCAAACUAGCCUUAGCUGGAGCCACAUUUCUGCGACUUGAUCGGUAUAAUGAUAUGGGCGAUUGUAUGAGCAAAGAAGUUCUUCGUUCCUACUGCACAUGCAAAAAUCGGGUACAUUGAUCUCAUUUAGAAAAUGCAAUUAGUUGUUUGAGCAAAGUGACUUUAUGUUUUGUUUUAAUAAUAAAAUUUUAUGAGUAGUG